AUGACAGAAACCAACUCACUCAAGAGAAAAAAAGUUUUAGAUCUCGAAGAAGACGAAUAUGUUCCUUAUGUUCCAAUUAAGCAAAGAAGAGAAGUAAAGCUUCAAAAACUUGCUAGUCAAAGACGUCUUCCCGAUUCGCAAAAAGACAGUGAAGUUGACGAUGAAAUUGAAGAAUCGGUUAAAGCUGGUCCUAAAGCUAACGUUAGUUUGAUUGAUCAGGCUGUGGAGGUUAAAAAGCAAAAAAUGAUAGAAGAUUCUUUCAAAACUGAUUCCGAAAAGAAACUCGAAGAGGAAAGAGCUAUUAUGGAAGCUGUUGCUCAACGAAAGCUUUUGGCGUCAGAUCGAGAACUCGCGAAAGGAAUUAUUUAUACUGAACCAAUGAAGACGACUUGGCAACCACCUCGUCACAUUCGUGAGAGGGCUCAAUCUGUACAUGAUGCAAUUCGUCAAAGAUAUCAUAUCCUUGUGGAAGGUGAAGAUGUUCCUCCACCAAUAAAACAUUUUAGGGAUAUGAAAUUUCCUUCCGCUAUGUUGAAAUAUUUGAAAUCUAAAAAAAUUCAUCGACCCACACCUAUUCAAGUUCAAGGUCUUCCUGUUGUAUUGGCUGGAAGGGACAUGAUUGGAAUUGCAUUUACAGGAUCUGGUAAAACCUUGGCUUUUUCUCUACCAUUGUUGAUGUUUGCUUUGGAAGAAGAAUGCAAAUUACCAUUGAUUAGAGGAGAAGGUCCAAUCGGAAUGAUUGUUUGUCCAUCGCGUGAAUUGGCAAGACAAACUCACGAAGGAAUCUGCUCAACGAUUGACUUUUUAGUUAGGGAUGAUUAUCCAAAGUUGCGACCUUUGUUAUGUAUCGGUGGUAUAUCUAUGUCGGAUCAACAGAAUAUCUUAGCAGAAGGAAUACAUAUUGUGGUUGCGACUCCAGGAAGAUUAAUGGACAUGUUAGAAAAGAAGAAAUUUAAUCUGGAUCUUUGCAAAUUUUUAUGUUUGGACGAGGCUGAUAGGAUGAUUGACAUGGGUUUUGAGGAUGAUGUUAGAAAUAUCAUGUCUUACUUUACGAGUCAACGCCAAACCUUACUAUAUUCAGCCACUAUGCCAAAGAAAAUUCAAGAUUUUGCACGAUCUGCGUUAGUCAAACCUGUGAUUGUCAAUGUUGGUCGUGCGGGCGCUGCAAAUUUGGAUGUUAUUCAAGAGGUAGAAUAUGUGAAGCAAGAAGCGAAGAUUGUGUAUCUCUUAGAAUGUUUACAAAAGACACCACCGCCUGUACUUAUUUUUGCAGAGAAUAAAAAUGAUGUGGACGAUAUUCAUGAAUACCUAUUGGUAAAAGGAGUUGAGGCUGUAGCUAUCCACGGAGGCAAGAGCCAAGAGGAACGUGAAUUUGCAAUACGAGCAUUUAAAGAAUACAAAAAAGAUGUUUUGGUUGCUUCUGAUGUUGCUUCAAAAGGUUUAGAUUUUCCGGAUAUUCAACACGUUAUCAACUAUGAUAUGCCGAAGGAAAUUGAAAAUUAUGUACAUAGAAUUGGUCGUACGGGUCGUUCGGGGAAGACAGGUGUAGCCACUACAUUUAUUAAUAUGAAUUGUUCUGAGCAGAUUUUACUUGAUUUGAAACAUUUACUGAGGGAAGCCAAACAACGAGUUCCCCCUGUACUAGAAGUUUUGGAGGAUCCAACAGAAAAAUUCAAAGACUUGUGUGGAG